AUGAAGAUCAGCGUGAAAAUGGGAUCAAACUCCUGCCAGAUCGAAAUAAUCGAUGGAGAAAAUGCUUUGAAUAGUUUAGGAGAAUUGCGAAGUGUUAUAGGAGAUAAAGGAAACUUCGACGCAUCGGGUAUUAAAAUAAUACAUCGAGGAAAAACGCUCGCUGGCCCAGAUUCAACACCGUUAGUUGAGUUCAACUUCGUAGAGAACGAUAAGCUGAUUGUAAUGGGCAAACCAAAGAAAGCUAUGAAGAUUGAUCAAGGAUAUGCUCUUCUAAUCAAAUAUGAGAAAGAUAAUCUUGUGAAAUUACAAGAACAAUAUGCUGGGAUAACGAGGGAUUUGGAAGAGUUAAAUAAAGAGUAUUUGGAAGAAGCGAAGACCCGUGAAAUGAUCAAGAAGAUGGACAAAAGGCUGAAUCUUUUCACAGAAAUAUCUUUGAAACAUAUGGAAAACAUCGAUGGUCUAGAAGUAAUCACUGAAGAAACUUCACCAGAACAGACACUGUUGAACCGAGAGAAAAGGAAAUCUCUCAUCGUUGGUAUACAAAACCUUUUGAAUCUAAACGAUAAAAAUGCGAGAAGUCUCGAGGAACUCACAAGAAAAUUAGAUGACGGUUACUAA